UUCAGUCAAUGAGUCUAACUUCCAUUAACUUCCGGUGUCGGGGAUCGUCUUCGAUGGGUCGAACGGAAGAAGCCCAUGUUACGUAUUUUAAAAGGACAAAUAGCAAAGGCGAUGGCAUGGAAGGAGAAGAUAUAAUGAAAUAAAAAUAAAAAAGGGAUUACUCGGUUACAGAUCUGUUUGUUAGUUGGAAGACAAACCUUUCGGCGCCUCCGUCGUUUCAAGUAAGUUUUCUUCCAAUAGAAUGACAGUUCCAGUGACGACGAUAUGGCGAUCGACGGCUCGAAUACGGCAUGCGAUUAUAUCGGCCGAAGACAAAUGGUCGAUUUGUUCGACCGGUCGGCCGAUGUAAACCGAUGUUGACCGAUGUAGACUAGAAGAGAUGUCCGCCGAAUUAACAACCGCCUGUCUGCUUAUCGUCUGCAUACGUACGUACAACCGUGUAUGUACGAUGGCGAAAGACUCGAUACUCUGCGAUGCUCGCUCGAGCUGACGUAUCGCGCCUUCGUAGAAUCCCUUCUCUCUCUCUCUCUCUCUUUCUCUCUCUAUCUUUUUCGCCCUCCUCUUCUUCUCCUUCUAUCUCUCUCACUCCCUCACUCCUCCCGCUCUUUUCCACCCCUUCUCUUACACCUCACUCUCUCUUUCCGUCCCCCUUCUUCCUCUUCUUCACAAGAUUUCGAUGGUACCGACAUAUAUGUAUAUAUAUAUUUAGUCCAAUUACACACACGUUAAAAGUACCCGUAAUUCCUAUUGCUUUUUAUAUUAAGAAUUUACUUAUUCUUCGUUUAUGAUUUUUUUUUUCCAAAUGGACACAUCAAUUUGUAUACUAUUAUAAAACUCUUUGGAGUAGAUUUAGAUUAAAGUGCAAAAAUUAAUAGGUUAAGUCACUGAAGUUUCUCGCAAUCAACCUUGCUACUUCAGAAUGCUACUAUGCAGAAAGGAGGGAGAGAAAGUCUGACGAGAGUGUUGCAAAACCAAACUUUCUUUUGAUAAUGAUUGAUGAUUUAAGAACAACACUAGGAUGUUAUGGGGAUCACAAUUCAUAUACACCAAAUAUAGAUCAUUUAGCAAAACAGGGCAUAAUUUUUUCUCAGGCAUAUGCGCAGCAAGCUUUAUGUGCACCUAGUAGAAAUUCAAUAUUAACUAGCAGAAGACCGGAUACAUUACAGUUGUAUGAUUUUUAUAGCUAUUGGAGGGAUACAGUUGGUAAUUUUACAACAUUACCAGAAUAUUUAAAAAAUAAUGGAUAUAAUACUAUGUCUGUAGGAAAGAUAUUUCAUCCAGGUAUCAGUUCUAAUAAUUCUGAUGAUAGUCCUUAUUCUUGGAGUGAAAAACCUUUUCAUCCUUAUACAAAUCGUUACAAGAAUGCACCAGUUUGUCAAACUACCAAAAAUUCACUUCCUGCACAAAAUCUUGUAUGUCCAGUAGAUUUAAAAUUUAUGCCGAAUCAAACAUUACCAGAUAUUGAAAUAUUAAACAAAGCCAAGAGAUACAUACACAUGCAUAAAAAUGAUGUUAAGCCAUUUUUUUUAGCUGUUGGAUUUCAGAAACCACAUAUUCCCUUAAAAUACCCUAAAAAAUACUUAAAAUAUCAUCCAUUAGAAAAAUUUAAAGUUCCUAAGCCAUAUGCUUGGCCAAAUAAUACUGAUAGUGUUGCAUAUAAUCCAUGGAUAGAUCUUCGCAAAAGAAAGGAUAUACAAAGAUUACAUUUAAAAUUCCCAUGGGAAAAAAUACCAGAGAAUUUUGCCAAGUUGAUUAUACAAUCAUAUUAUGGAGCUGUAUCUUAUAUCGAUGACAUUAUUGGCAAGCUUAUAUAUCAAUUGCAUAUUUCUAAGAUCUUGAAAAAAACUGUGAUCAUAUUAACUUCUGAUCAUGGUUGGUCUUUAGGAGAACAUGCAGAAUGGGGAAAAUAUAGUAACUUCGAUGUCUCAGUACAUGUACCUCUAAUAAUAUCGAUACCUUUUAUGACAUUUAAGAAAACUACGGAACAGUUUACUGAAUAUAAUGCAAAUACGAUUAAUAAGUUUAAAUUCGAAUAUAAAGGGUAUACAAAUUUAAGGUAUGCUCGGAUUAAAAACAAAGGAAAUAAAAAAAAUGUUACAUUUUUAAAACAUAUAGAUACUUUUACAAAAACAGAUGCUAUUGUAGAACUGGUUGAUAUUUUUCCUACAAUUGCCGAAUUAGCGGGAAUUCCAGUACCAAUUUGUUCAAAUAUAGAAAAGAAUUGUGAUAAUAACUGCAAAUAUCCAUCAGUGUGUACAGAAGGAAUUAGUCUUUUACCACUUAUCAGAACUAUAUUGAAUAAAAAAAUAAUACCAUGGAAGAAAGCAGCAUUCAGUCAAUAUCCAAGACCAGGUAUAAAACCUACAUUACAUCCAAACAGUGAUGAACCGCAUUUGAAAGAAAUAACUAUUAUGGGAUACAGUGUGAAAUCACAUGAGUAUAGAUACACCGCGUGGAUACCAUUUAUAUCAGAAAAUAAAACAGCCAAUUGGAAAAUUAUCAUUAGUGAAGAAUUAUAUAAUCACAAUUAUGAUUCAGCAGAAUAUUUCAAUUUAGCAAGAUCUCCAGACUUCUUAAAAAAAAAAAUUGAAUUAAGAACAUUACUUCAAGAUGGUUGGAGAAAAGCCUUACCAAAUUAUAUUUAAUUAUAUGAAAAUUGUUGAGAAAAUAUCCUAAUAGAUCUGCUUCAAAAACAAGAUCCAAAAAUAAAUAUUCUUUUUUGCUUCAUGUUACAGAAAUUAGAAUAAAUAUAAUAUAUCCUUGUGUAUACGUUGUUAUAUAAAUAUUUAAAUCUAAUAGGAAUAUAUGUAAUAUCAUAUGUAAGUGAAAUACAUAAAAUGAUUGCGAAAGUGAAUACAUAAAGUUUUUUUAUGUAACGUAUUAUAUUGUUAAAAUCAAUAAAAUAAACUAAAUUUAAAUGGGAUAACUAAAAAUCUAGUUUAUUUCAUUAUACAUUUAGAAAACUAUUACUCAUUCCAUGCAAUAUUUGUCGUUUUAACUAUGGAUUAUAACUCUACGCAAAUUUUCGAUACGU